UCUCUUGCUCAUUUCUAGCACUCUUCUUUGCAGGAUCAAUCGGAAUUGGUUGAAGAAUGGGUUCAUUGGGAGCGAGUGAAGAUGAUGUGGUGGGAGCUUUUCCGGCGGUGGGCAUCGGGGCGGAGGAGGGGAAGAAGGGAGGGGCAGAGAUGGAAUUUGACCCGAGUGCGCCGCCGCCGUUUAGGAUUGGUGAGAUUAGGGCAGCCAUUCCGAAGCAUUGCUUUGUGAAGAAUCCAUGGAGAUCUUUGAGCUAUGUUUUGAGGGACUUUUUGGUAGUGGCUUUCUUGAUGGCCUUAGUGGUUCAUCUUGAUUCUUGGGUUUUUUGGCCCCUUUAUUGGGCUGCUCAGGGCACUAUGUUUUGGGCCAUCUUUGUCCUUGGCCAUGAUUGUGGGCAUGGGAGUUUCUCUGAUAGUGCUCUGCUCAACAGCGUUGUUGGCCACAUUCUCCACUCCUUCAUACUUGUACCAUACAAUGGAUGGAGGAUUAGCCACCGAACCCACCACCAGAAUCAUGGAAAUGUUGAACAUGAUGAGUCUUGGGUUCCUUUAACUGAGAGUUUGUACAAGAAGCUGGAUGACUCCACUAAGUUUUUCAGAUUCAAGAUCCCAUUUCCUUUGCUUGCCUAUCCUGUAUACUUGAUAUGGAGAUCUCCAGGGAAAACUGGAUCUCAUUUCAGCCCAUACAGUGGCUUGUUCCAGCCUGAAGAGAGAACGUGCAUUGCCAUUUCAACUGCUUGCUGGUCACUAAUGGCUGCUCUCAUCCUCUACCUCUCAACAGUGUUUUGCCCUCUUCUAGUGUUCAAGCUCUAUGGCAUUCCCCUUUUGAUAUUUGUGAUGUGGUUGGAUCUUGUCACCUACUUGCAUCACCAUGGCUAUGACAAAAAGCUUCCAUGGUAUCGCGGCAAGGAAUGGUCAUAUUUGAGGGGAGGGCUGACAACAAUAGACCGCGACUACGGAAUCUUCAACAACAUUCAUCAUGACAUUGGCACACACGUUAUCCACCAUCUGUUUCCCCAGAUUCCUCACUAUCACUUGAUCGAAGCCACGAAAGCUGCAAGCCCGGUGCUGGGGAAGUAUUACAGAGAGCCAAAGAAAUCUGGGCUCAUCCCAUUGCAUCUUCUUCCUGUUCUGUUUAAGAGCAUGAGCGAGGAUCACUACGUGAGCGACGAAGGGGAGGUUGUUUUCUAUCAGACUGAUCCACAGCUUACGGGUUCGAAGAAGAUGGCUUGAAGAUCAAUGGGUUAUCAGCAACAAGUGUUUGAAGUUUAUGUUUAAGUUCUUCUAUAGAAUUAUGAUUACUAUAAACUAGUGGAAUGGAGAGGUUAUAGACAUGGAGGGUUUUUUUGUUAAAGAUUCUAUGGCCUCCAUUGUAAUCAAAAUUUCAAAAGUAUUAUUGGGAAUUCAAUAAGAAGUCAAAAAGGACAAUUAUUUAAGUGCUAAAAGGCAUCCCUUUUUUUCAGUACGAAUGUUGAAUUUUUGGUGCCAUU